GCCCCGCCCCUCGAGGGGGCGUGUUCGCCCGCCACGCGCCGCCCGCCGCCAUCUUCUCCCUCCUCCCGCCUCUCGCGCGCCCGCCGCGCUCUCGCGAGACCCCGGGCGCGCCUCGGCGAGGGGGGGGGGGGUGGUUGGUUGUGCGCGAGAUCUCGCGAGAGCGCCGGCGCCGGCGGGCGGAGUUCUCGCGAGAUCUCGCCGGUCCCGCCCCCUCGGCCGGCAACGCGCGCGGCGGCGGCCGCCGCCAUUUUGCCGCUGGCUCCGGCGCGUCGGACUCCAUUUCCCGAGCGCCCCCCCCCCGCGCCACCGACACCGUGGAAGUGGAGUGUGAGGAGGAGGAGGAGGGCCCCGCGCACACAGGCGGCUCGGCGGAGCGCAGGCUGGGCCGCCCGGGCGCCCAGGAGCUGGACGAGGGCUCGGCCCGGCGGCCGCCGGCGCAGGAUGAGGCCCCCCCCUUCCCAGCAUGCCCUGGGGCAGGCGGGCGGCCCCGGGGCCCCCACCCGCCCCCCGCCCUGCCCCCACCCGCCGCUGCACCCCCAGCUCCCCCCAGCCAGAAUGACGGGCAGCAACCCGGUGUCCCCCGCCUCCUCGGGCUCCCCCGGCAGCGUCUCGCCCCCCGCCUCCUCGCCCGCCGGCCCCCCCCGCCCCGAUGGCCCCCCCGGCCCCCCGGAGCCCCCCAGCCUCUGGGACAAGACCCACGCUGAGAUCGCCGAGCAGGCCAAGCACGAGGCGGAGGUGGAGCACCGGGUGGCGGAGAUGAAGCGCGAGGGCUUCUGGUCGUCGCGGCGCCUCCCCAAGGUGCCGGAGCCGGCGCGGCCCAAGGUCCACUGGGAUUAUCUCUGCGAGGAGAUGCAGUGGUUGGCCGCCGACUUCGCCCAGGAGCGCCGCUGGAAGAGGGGCGUGGCCCGCAAGGUGGUGCGGAUGGUGAUGCGGCACCACGAGGAGCAGCGGCAGAAGGAGGAGCGGGCGAAGCGGGAGGAACAGGCCAAGCUGCGCCGGGUGGCUGCCGCCAUCGCCAAGGAGGUCAAACAGUUCUGGAGCAACGUGGAGAAGGUGGUGCAGUUCAAGCAGCAGUCGCGGCUGGAGGAGAAGCGGAAGAAGGCCCUGGACCUGCAGCUGGAUUUCAUCGUGGGCCAGACCGAGAAGUACUCGGACCUGCUGAGCCGCAGCCUCAACGCCCCCCGCGCCCCGCCCGGAGCCCCCCGACGGGGACCCCCAGCCCCCCACUCCCACCUCGCCCACCAAGACGGGGACAUGGAACCGCUGGACGAGGAUGUCACCGAGGGUCACCCCCCCGAGGCGCGGCGCCGCGAGCUGGAGCUGCUCAAGCAGGAGGGGGAGGUGCCCCUGGAGGAGCUGCUGGGCUCCCUGCCCCCCCAGGCGCUGCUGCGGAGGAACAAGCGGCCCUGGGAGCCCCGCGAGGAGGAUGAGGAGUUCGCGGCCGAGGAGGAGGAGGGCGAGGAUGAGGAGGAGACGAUCGCGGCGCAGGAGCGGCUGGAGGGCGACGUCGACCACAAGCAGGAGCUGGACGACCUGGCCCGCGAGGGGGCGCUGCCGAUGGAGGAGCUGCUGCAGCAGUACGCCGGCGCCUUCGCCGACUCCGACUGCGACUCCCCGCCCGGCGCCAGCAGCACCCGCUCGGACUCGCCAGCGGCUGAGAGUGAUGACGAGGAGGAGGAGGAAGAAGAGGAUGAAGAUGAGGAAGACGAAGAUGAAGAAGAGGAAGAGGAAGAAGAAGAAGAAGAGGAGGAGGAAGAGGAAGAGGAGCAAGAAGAGACUGAAGCAGGCGCCCCCGCCCCUGAGGACCCUUCGCCACCACCGGGCACCCAAGAGCACCCAGGGGGGCCCCCGCCAGCAGCCCCCCCGCCCCCCGCCGCCGCCCCCACCCCAAAGAAAGAGAUCACCGACAUCGCUGCCGCCGCCGAGAGCCUCCAGCCCAAGGGCUACACCUUGGCCACCACCCAGGUGAAGACGCCCAUCCCCCACCUGCUGCGGGGCACCCUGCGGGAGUACCAGCACAUCGGCCUGGACUGGUUGGUCACCAUGUACGAGAAGAAGCUCAACGGGAUCUUGGCCGACGAGAUGGGCUUGGGCAAGACCAUCCAGACCAUCUCCCUCCUGGCCCACCUCGCCUGCGAGAAGGGCAGCUGGGGCCCCCACCUCAUCAUCGUGCCCACCAGCGUGAUGCUCAACUGGGAGAUGGAGCUGAAGCGCUGGUGCCCCAGCUUCAAGAUCCUCACCUACUACGGGGCGCAGAAGGAGCGCCGGCUGAAGCGGCAGGGCUGGACCAAACCCAACGCCUUCCACGUCUGCAUCACCUCCUACAAGCUGGUCCUGCAGGACCACCAGGCUUUUCGCCGCAAGAACUGGAAGUACCUGAUCCUGGACGAGGCCCAGAACAUCAAGAACUUCAAAUCGCAGCGUUGGCAGUCGCUCCUCAACUUCAACAGCCAGCGGCGGCUGUUGCUGACGGGGACGCCGCUGCAGAACAGCCUGAUGGAGCUGUGGUCCCUCAUGCACUUCCUGAUGCCCCGCGUCUUCCAGUCCCACCGGGAGUUCAAGGAGUGGUUCUCCAACCCCCUGACCGGCAUGAUCGAGGGUAGCCAGGAGUACAACGAGAGCCUCGUCAAGCGCCUCCACAAGGUGCUCCGCCCCUUCCUGCUGCGCCGCCUGAAGGUGGACGUGGAGAAGCAGAUGCCCAAGAAAUACGAGCACGUCCUCAAGUGCCGCCUCUCCAAGCGCCAGCGCUACCUCUACGAUGACUUCAUGGGCCAGGCCAGCACCAAGGCCACCCUGGCCAGCGGACACUUCAUGAGCGUCAUCAACGUGCUGAUGCAGCUCCGCAAGGUGUGCAACCACCCCGACCUCUUCGAGCCCCGGCCCGUCCACUCGCCCUUCAUCACCGAGGGCAUCUGCUUCGUCACCGCCUCCCUCGUCCUCCGCGCCCUCGACCCCGACCCCUUCAAGCACGUGGACAUGGGGCUCUUCGACCUGGUGGCCCUGGAGGGCCGGGUGUCCCGCUACGCCGCCGACACCUUCCUGCCCCGCUGGCGGGUGACGCGGCGGCUGGUGGAGGACGUGGCCGCCGCCCCGGACCCCCCGCCGCGCCCCAAGCCCGUCCGCAUGAAAGUCAACCGGAUGCUGCAGCCGGUGCCGAAGGCCGAGAGCCGGGCGGUGCUGCUGCUCAACAGCCCCCGCCCCGGGGGGGGCCCCCCCACCCCCCUGGGGGUGCUGCCUGUCGGCCCCGCCCCCCCACCUGCCGGACACGCCCCCCAGCCCGCCGGACACGCCCCCCAGCCCGCCGGACACGCCCCCCUGCUGGUGGCCCCGGCUCCGCCCGGGGUGACGCUGGCUCCCGCCCUGCUGGCGCCCGCCUCUCCUGCCGUAGGCCCCGCCCCUCCCGCCGUAGGCCCCGCCCCCGCAUCUGGGGCCCCGCCCCCCGCCGCAGCCACCGCCCCCCUGCUGCCCCCUGGGGGGGCGGGGCUGGGGCUGGGGCUGGGAUUGGCCCUGGCGGCCCCGCCCCGGCCCCCGCCCACCCUGCUGCCUGCGCUGGCCCCGCCUCCUGCCGGCCCCGCCCACGCCGUGCCGCCCGCUCCUCUGGCCGCCCCCCCCGCGGCGGGCGCCCCCCGGCCCCCCCAGCCCCCCCCGGCCCCCACCUUGGGGGGUAAAGGGGGGCCCCCCCUGGCCGCCUACGCCCUGCCCGGCCCCGGCCCGCAGCGCCUCCUGCUGGCCCCCGACAUGCAGGCCCGCCUGCCCUCCGGCGAGGUGGUGAGCAUCGGGCAGCUGGCGGCGCUGGCCCAGCGCCCCGGGGGGGGGGCGCCGGGGGGGGGGGGCGCCGGGGGGGCCAAGCCCCUCACCCUGCAGCUGCAGGGCAGCAAACUGACCCUGGCCGCCCCCCCCCUGCGGCACCUGGCCCUCGCCCCUCCCCGCGGCCUCCCGCGGAACGUGGUGCAUCUGGUGGCGGCUGGGGGGCAGCACCCGCUCCUGGGCCCCCCUGCCCAGGUCACCCUGCUGGCACCCGUCGCCCCCCCGGCACCCGCAGGGGGUCCCCCCGCCGGGACCCCCCCCCAGCCCCCCACCAUCGGCCUCCCCAUCGCCACCGCCCAAGUGCCGACGCCACUGGUGAACAGCGGGGGGGUGGUGAAGAUCGUGGUGCGACAGGCGCCCCGAGACGGGCUGGCGGCCCCCCCCACCCAACCCCCGGCACCCCCACCCGCACCCCGACCCCCACCGGCCCCUCCGGGGCGGCCCCUCCUGCGGGUGCUGCCUGCGCCCCCCCCCGCCGGCGUCCCCCCGGCCGCCGCCGCCGCCGCCAUCCCCGACCUGAUGGCACCCGCAGCACCCACAGCACCCGCCGCCCCUCCUGCCGCCGCCGCCGCCCCCCCGGGGGCCCCCCCAGCCCCCCCCGCCGCCGCUGCCGCCCCCCCCCGGGAGGAGCCCGAGGGUCCAGGGGGGCCCAGCCCCCCGCCAGCACCCACCCCCCACCGGCCACCCCCCCGCCGCCAGCCCCCGCCCCCGCCACGCUCCCCCUUCUACCUGGAGUCCCUGGAGGCGAAGCGGGUGCGGGGCCGGGCGGAGCGGCUGGAGCGGCUGCUGCGGCUGAACGAGCUGCGCUGCGGGCUGGCCCCCGUCUACGGCAGCGAGGUGCUGGGGCUCUGCACCCUGCCCCCCCCCGCGCCCCCCCCGGGGGGGGCCCUGGCCCGCGCCGUCCUCGCCCCCCCCCAGCGCCUGCGGCAGCUCCAGCCCCUCCUCGACAGGUUCAUCUUCGUGCUGCCGCCGGUGGAGGCGCGGGGGGUGGCCCUGCACAGCUGCCGCCCCCCGCCCUGGCGCCUGCGCCAGCAGGCCCAGCUGGAGCAGCGGCUCUGGGAGGAGCUGGCGCCGCGGGGGCGAGGGCUGCACCGGGUGCUGCGCAGCAUGCGCACCCACUUCCCCGACCUGCGCCUCAUCCAGUACGACUGCGGGAAGCUGCAGACGCUGGACGUGCUGCUGCGGCGCCUGAAGGCGGGGGCCCACCGCGUCCUCAUCUUCACCCAGAUGACCCGGAUGCUCGACGUCCUCGAGCGCUUCCUCACCUACCACGGCCACAUCUACCUGCGCCUGGACGGCAGCACCCGCGUCGAGCAGCGCCAGGCCCUGAUGGAACGUUUCAACGCCGACAAGCGCAUCUUCUGCUUCAUCCUCUCGACCCGCAGCGGCGGCGUCGGUGUCAACCUGGCGGGUGCCGACACCGUCGUCUUCUACGACAGCGACUGGAACCCCACCAUGGACGCCCAAGCCCAGGACCGGUGCCACCGCAUCGGCCAAACCCGUGAUGUCCACAUCUACCGGCUCAUCAGCGAGAGGACGGUGGAGGAGAACAUCCUCAAGAAGGCCAACCAGAAGAGGAUGCUGGGAGAUAUGGCCAUUGAGGGGGGGAACUUCACCACCGCCUACUUCAAGCAGCAAACGAUCCGGGAGCUGUUCGACAUGGCGCCGGAGGAGCCGGGGCGCCGGGAGCCGGACAGGGACAAGGACAAGGAGAGGGACAAGGAGAGGGACGGGGACGUCCCCCCCGACGAGGAUGAGGACCCGGCGGCCACCCGGCGCACCCACAUCCUUGAGCAGGCGCUGUGUGGGGCGGAGGACCCCGAGGACAUCCGGGCGGCCUCGCAGGCGCAGGCGGAGCGGGUGGCGGCGCUGGCCGAGUUCAGCGAGAGCCUCAGCCCCGAGGAGGAGCGUGGUGGCCCCGAGCCCGAGGAAGAGCUCUCCAAGGCCGAGCAGGAGAUCGCCGCCCUGGUCGAGCAGCUGACGCCUAUCGAGCGCUACGCCAUGAACUUCCUGGAGGCGUCGUUGGAGGACGUGAGCCGGGAGGAGCUGAAGCAGGCCGAGGAGCAGGUGGAGGCGGCGCGGAAGGACAUCGACCAGGCCAAGGGUGGGGGGCGAUUCCGCCUGCCCCCCCAGGAGGAGGAAGAGGAGGAAGAGGCCGCUACCCCGGGGGGGGAUGAAGGCCCCGGGGGACCCCGGCGGCCCCGGAGGGUGCGGGGUCCCUCCCGGCCCCUCCCCGAGCGUCCCGGCACCCGCGCCAGCCAGCGCCUGCGGGCGGCUGGGACGGCCAACCGGGCCUCCCCGGCGUCCCCGCGGGCGACACCCCCAUCCCCACGGGCCCCCCCGACGUCCCCACGGGUGACCCCGACAUCGCCGCGGGUGACGCCGACGUCGCCGCGGGCCACCCCGACGUCCCCCCGGACGCCGCCGACGUCCCCCCGGGGGGCGGCGACGUCCCCCCGACCCUCCCCGGCCCCUACGGCCGCGCCGGUGACGUCGCAAGCCAACGCCGUGACGUCGCAAGCGUCCCCGGUGACGUCGCAAGCCAACGCCGCGACGUCGCCCACCCCCCCGGUGACAUCGCACGCGGCCCCGCUCCCGCCCGCCGCCCCCGUGACGUCGCAAGCGAUCCCGGUGUCGUUGCAACCAGCCCCGGCGACGUCACAAGCGCCCCCGGUGAUGUCACAGACGCCCCCGGUGACAUUGCAGCUGGUCCCGGUGACAUCACAACCGCUCCCAUUGACGUCACAACUGGCACCAGCAGACGCAAAUGCAACCGCAGUGACGCCGCAACCGCCCCCGGCCCCGAACCAGGUGCCAGGGACACCCAGCACCCCGCCGCCGACGUCACACCCGGCACCGCCGACGUCACACCCGGCGCCGGUGACGUCACAACCAGCACCGGCACCAUGCCAGGAGACUCUCCCGCCUUCCGAGGCGGCGCCGGCGCCACCGGACGCAGCGCCGGCGCCGUCGGCCACGCCCCCAGCGACGUCACCGCCGGCCCCGGCGCCCUCGGAGGCAUCGCCGGUGACGCCGGAGGGGCCGGGGGGGACACCGGCGAGCGGGGCAGGACCGGGCGCAGCCGGGCGGGCACCCCGCCGCCGCCGCAGCGCCGACGUGGAGAUCCGGCAGAGCCGGGGGCCGGGACCGUCAGCCAAGGUGCUGCGGCAGCUGCCGGGGCGGUUGGUGACAGUGCUGGAGACCCCCGUCCCCGGGCGACCCCGGCGCCGCCGCCACGAUCCCCCCGGCACCAGCCCCAGCCCCGGCGCCAGCCCCGGCCCCCCGAAACGCCGCCGGGGUCGCCCCCCGAAGCGGAGGGGGGGACCACGUCGCCGCCACCACGACCCUCCUGGCAAACGGCGGCGGGGGCGGCCGGCUCGGGGGGGGACGGUGGCAACGGGGGCUCCCCAAAGUCCCGGCAAGCGGCGGCGGGGGCGGCCCCCUAAGCGGGCAUCCCCCGACAGCAGCGCCUCACCUCCCCCGGCUCCCCGCAGCACCCGCCGGCACCCUGGGGCCCCCCUCAUGGCCCCCCUGGAGCGGGAGCCGGGCCGGCGCCGGCGGCGUUCUCCCCCGCCUUCCUCGGAGGACGGGGGGAGCGGGGACGAGGCGGGGCGGCGGCGGCCCCCACCAGCCAAGCGGCGCCGGCGAGCGGGCGGGGGGGCUCCACGGCACCGCCGGCGGCGACCUCCACCGCCGGCGCGGCGGGGUCGGCAGCGGCGGCGGCAGCAGCCCCCGCGGCGCUGCGCGGCCCCCCCCGCCGCCAACACGCGCUCGGCCGCUGCCGCCGCCGCCCCCACCCCACCCGGGGGCCCGCCGGCACCCCCUGACACCCCCUCGGCGGCAGCGGCGGCUGUCCGCGGCCGCAAGGCCAAGACGUGACCCCCCCGGCCGCCCCCCUGCGGUCCGAGGGGGCCGGCAAGAUGGCCGACCGGGGCCCUACAAAGGGCUGAGUGGGGCGGCGCAGUGGCGGGGGGGGGGGGGGGGGCCACAAGAUGGCCGUCGGGGUGCGCCCAGAGGUUAUGGGCAGAUGGGCCCAAAAUGGCCGACCAGGCACACAGAAAAUGGCUGACCAGGGCCCACGAAAUGGCCAACUGAGUGCAUAUAAAAUGGCCGCUUUGGUGCCCACAAAAUGGCUGACCAAGCACCUACCAAGUGGCCAACUGGGCGCCCACAAAAUGGCCGACUGGAACCCUCCUCAAAAUGGCCGACUCAGCGCAGCUUCCUAACGGCCAACCAGGUGAUCCUAAAAUGGCCGCCCGGGCCCCACCCAUCGCAAGGUUCAUCGAUCUGGCGCUUUUGAGCUGCUUCAAAAUGGCCUACAGGAACCGCCUCAGCAGGGAUUGGCCGACCACGCCCUCAAGAUGGCCAACAAGGCCACCCCUCAGGACAGCCAAGCCAGUGGCCCCGAGAUGGCCGAUGAGCCAGCUCAAAAUGGCCGACCGGAGCCGCUCCGAAAUGGCUACCUGGGUGGCCCCGAGAUGGCCGACGGCGACCCCAAGAUGGCCGACUCGGCGCACGCCAAAUGGCCGAUGGGGUCUCAAGAUGGCCGACUGGAACAGCUCAAAAUGGCUGCCCGGGUGACCCUGAAGUGGCGGACGGUGACCCCAAGAUGGCCGACCUGGCGGGCGAUGAUGUCAGAGGCGGGGGCUAGCGUGGGCCUGCUGACGUCAGAAGGGGCACUUGCAUCGAGCGCGAUGACGUCAGAGCCAGCAGCCCUCUGGGACAGUGACGUCAGAGGCGGCGGCGGCCAUGACGCUGCAGCUCGCAGCCGUGUUGCUCCACGUGAUGUCAGAGGUAGUGGCCACCUCAGAGCUGACGUCAGAGCCAGCAGCCAUCUUGCGUGCAGUGACGUCAGGGGCAGCGGCCAUCUUGAAUGCAGCGAUGUCAGAACUGGCGGCCAUCUUUGGCGCAGUGAUGUCAGAGGUGGUUGCCAUUUGGAACCUGGUGAUGUCAGAACCGGUGAUGUCAGAGGUAGUGGCCACCUCAGAGCUGACGUCAGAGCCAGCAGCCAUCUUGAGCAGUGAUGUCAGAACCAGCAGCCAUCUUAAAUGCAGUGAUGUUGGAGGCGGUGGCCAUCUUGAACCUGGUGAUGUCAGAAGUGGCAGACAUCUUGUACACAGUGAUGUCACAGGCGGUGGCCAUCUUUAGCCUGGUGAUGUCCGAACCAGCAGCCAUCUUGAAUGCAGUGAUGUCAGAGGCAGUGAUGUCAGCGUGGGCCAUCCUGAUCUCAGUGGAUGUCAGAGCAGGCGGCCAUUUUGACCAUGGCAGGUGUGGGAAGUAGCAGCCAUCUUGACUCCAAUGGAUGUCGUAACUGGCGGCCAUCUUGAAACGCAGUGAAUGUCACAGCCAGUGGCCAUCUUGACCCCAGCAGAUGUGUGAGAGUUGGUGGCCAUCUUGACCUCAGCAGACAUCAGAGCCGGUGGCCAUCUUGGCUCUAGCAGACGUGGUGUCCAGCAGCCAUCUUGACUCCAGCAGACCCCAGCGCUGGCAGCCAUCUUGACCCCAGGAGACAUAGGCCGUGGCAGCCAUCUUGACUCCAGUAGACAUCUGACCUGGUGGCCAUCUUGACUCCAGUGGACAUCUGAGCCGGCAGCCAUCUUGACUCCAGUGGAUGUCGGAGCCGGCAGCCAUCUUGAUCCUGGCACAGAUAAAACCCAGCGGCCGUUUGACUCCAGUGGCCGUCAGAGCUGGUGGCCAUCUUGCCCCUGGCAGCUACGCCACCCGGCAGCCCCCUCGUCCCCCCCCCCGUGGCUGUCUGAUCUGGCAGCCAUCUUGCGGUGGGAGCUCUCAGCCGGGCGCUCAGCAGAGUCAGAGGGCUCCGGGGCUGGGGGGGGGGGACACCCCGGGCGGUGCCGGGGUGGGGGGCAUUUUUUACCCGUGUACAUUGGCGGGGGCCCGACCCCCUGUACAGCCCCAUGUAAAAUAGGUUCCUUUUGAACACGA